CUGUUUUUCUCAUUUGUUUUUCUUUGACUUCGCAUUCUAAAAGGUUCUUCCUUUCCCUCAUCUACCCCAAGCCCGCAGGAUAUUCAGCAUUCAACCAUCUCACCCAAUCCGUUCUGUGUUCGGCUUGGAUGAACUUCUGCUGUUGCAAGUGAGGAACUAAUAAGAGUUUAUAAAGCUUUAAGAAAAGAAGAUGGGUUGUUUCACAGUCCUGAAAAGCAAGAAGAAAAAGUCUGAACCGAUAGUUAAUGUUAAAAAGAUCAGUAAUAAGGAGUGUAAGCCUACCACACUGCCUGAGCCUCAAGUUAAGACCCGCUCACUGCAGUCUGCACCCCCAAGUUUUAAGAACAGAGUGAAACCUAUUCAAGGGAAUAGCAAAUCCACCAGUUCUCGAAUGCGGGCAUUAUCUGCUCCAUCAACUCUUGAUGCGGCAGAUCAGGAUGCUCUUGCAUCAGUUGAGUUUGAAGAACAGGAAGAAUCUAGAAGCCGUGUUGGAUUAAUGAAGGAGCCACGGUCCUCCAGCCCACAACCGCUUCCACUUCCAUCACCUCAAGGUCCUGCCUCACUGAAAAACGCAGGAAGCUUUAAAGCGGGGAACAAUAGUGGGCCUCUAUUUGCUUCUGGACCAUUGCCACUGCCUCCUAGUGGAGCACUUAGGAACUUCUCGUAUGAAGAAGUUGCAGCUGCUUGCCAUAAUUUCUCUUCAGAUCGAUACAUAUCAGAGGGUCUUUCUUCUAUAAUCUAUGUGGCUUCCUUUGGAGAUGAUGCUUCAAGUUCAAAGAAGUUUGAAGCUACUGUUACUCGUCUUCACCCAUCAACUCAGGGACUAAAGGAUUUUAUAAGUGAGGUAAACACUGUUGCAUCACUGCAACAUCCAAACCUUUGUAAAUUGCUUGGUUAUCAUGCACGUGAUGGAUCAGAACAGAGAAUGUUGGUCUAUGAAAGGCUUUUUCAUGGGAGCUUGGAUCGGCUUCUGUAUGGGAGGUCAGAUGGGCCACCUAUUGAUUGGAAUACUCGAAUGAAGAUUACUUUAUGUGCUGCACAAGGUCUUACUUUCUUGCAUGAAGAAGGGCCUUUUCAGGCUAUGUACAACGAAUUUACAACUGCCAACAUUCAGAUAGACAAGGAUUUCAGUGCAAAACUUUCCGGAUAUGGUUGCGUUGGACAAAUUCCUGAGACAGAAAUCUCUACUAAUUCAGUCGCUGCAGCAAAUCUUUCAGUAGAGACUUUGGAAAGAGGAUUGCUGACUCCAAAAAGCAAUGUCUGGAGUUUUGGAAUUGUUCUACUUGAACUGCUUACUGGGCGAAGGAACCUUGACAGUCGUUAUCCCAAGGAAGAGAGGAACUUGGUCAAGUGGAGUCGCCCCUUCCUAACCGAUGACUGCAGAUUGUCACUCAUUAUGGAUCCUCAGCUGAAAGGUCGCUUCCCCAUGAAAGCAGCCCGCACAGUGGCAGAUAUUGCUCAAAAAUGUCUGCAAAAGGACUCAUCAGAAAGGCCUACAAUGAGAACUAUUGUUGAGCAUCUCAAAAUCAUUCAAGACAUGAAGCAUUCCUGUCGGUUUCCUCUGCAAGAGCCAGCAGUAAUUGUUGGAAAACAUAUGUCAAGAUCACCAAGUCUUAAUGGUAUCAUUACCCCUGCACCCAAGUUAAACUUCUCACCAUCGCCACCAUCAGGAGCACGCCCAUCUGUUUCUCCAACAAGGAGACAACAUGCCUUGCCCAUGGCACUGCCACCUCGUGCCUGUUCUUCCACCCUCACUUUGGACGAACUCGAUAGGCAAGAAGACAGGGGAUCAUCAUCAUCAACUUUUAGAAGGCCUAGUGUUGAAGGUUUUUGAUUGUUUAUAGUGUGUAUUUUUUCAUUUUUUUCCUCCUUAAAUUCAAUACAAGAUAUAGAAGAUAAAGAUAUGGUUGGCCUAUCUUCUGAUCCCCUUUAUGAAAUGGAGGGGAUGUUGUUUUGUAGAUAGAAUUGGUGAAAAUCAAGGCGUUCUGACAUUUAAAAUAUUUAAAAAAAUAAUGAAAAAAUUAUAAUUUCUUUAAUGAAUCAACAUAUGGAAACGAUUCAUUGAGGAAUUGUGAAUAAUUUUAUAAUUAAUUUUGAUAUUUAAAAUGUCAGAACAACUUGAUUUUCAAGUACCAUAUGAUUGUUUAGUUCUCUUCUACUCAAACUAUGAGAGUAUAUAUAACUAUAUAUUACUCAAACUUGAUUUCUGUGCAUAACCUAUAAUCUGUUCA